AAGAUUGCUGAUUUAACGAAGAGAAGGACAUAUCCUGAAUGUGAAGUCAUGAAGAUCAUUAACAAAAAUCAAAGAAGAAAAUGCCCAAAAUUAAAUAAACCACAGAAAAGACUAUUUAAUUCUGAGGGAGAUCAUUCAGAUUUGAGUAAAGAUGAUGUUGGAUCUGAAGAUUCGACACCCCAGGAACUAGCAAACACCGGCAGUACAUCUACACAUAUUAAGGAAGACUUAUCCAUCGUCUGUAAAGAAAGAGAUAACACAGACAUUGAUAAAGAGAUAGAAUAUAUAUCAGUCUGUAUUAAAGAGGAAUCUGAUGAUGAUGACACAGACAUGUAUCCAUCCCCAAAGCAUAAAGACGAGUCUGUAUCCGGUCAUAUAGAGAAUAAAGUUUUACUUGACCUUACGGAGAUGGAAUGUACAAAUGUAAUUAUUAAAGAGGAAUCAAGCACAUUGAUGCAAAAUAGAUAUUUAUACAGACAGAGAGUAUAUCAUAAUAAAAAGUGCAAUGUACAGAACAAAAAUAAACUGAGGAAAAAUAAAAGUCUUAUACAGUUAAAGUGCAGUGAGUGUGGGGCUAAAUUUACAAAUAAAGCUGCUUACACCAUUCACCAAAAAACACACAGAAAAGAGAAGAGAUUUGAAUGUCCUGAGUGUCCCAAAAGGUUUACAAGCAAAUCAGUUCUUGUUAGACAUCAAGAAACUCACACAGGCGAAAAACUGUCUUGUUUAGAAUGCGGGAGGUCCUUUACUUAUAAAUCAAGUCUGGUUUAUCAUCAGAGGAGUCACACUAUGAAGGACCUGUUUCCGUGUUCUAAAUGUGGGAAAUGUUUUACUGGUAAAUCAAGUCUAGUUUACCAUGAGAGGAUUCACACAGGAGAGAAACCCUUCUCAUGUUCUGAGUGUGGGAAGUGUUUUCCUGAUAAAACCUAUCUUUCUAGGCACCAGAAGAGUCACACGGGAGAGAAGCCAUUCCCAUGUUCUGAGUGUGGGAAAUGUUUUACUAGUAAUACAAAUCUAAUUGCCCAUCGCCGAAUUCAUACCCAAGAAAAGCCAUUUUCAUGCUCUGAAUGUGGAAAAUGUUUUACUGGAAAGUCGGCUCUUGUUAGACACCAGAGAAGUCACACGGGUGAAAAGCCUUUCUCAUGUUCUGUAUGUUAUAAACGCUUUACAACCAAUACAAAUCUUACUACACACCAUCGGAUUCAUACAGAAGAAAAGCCAUUUGAAUGUUCUGUAUGUGGGAAAUGUUUUAACAAUAAAUCUAAUUUUGUUAAACAUCAGAGGAGCCACACUGGAGAGAAACCAUUUUCUUGUACUGAAUGUGGAAAAUGUUUUAUGGACAAAUCAAAUCUUAUUACACAUCAAAGAAUUCACACGGGUGAAAAACCAUAUUCCUGUAUGGACUGCAAGAAAUGUUUCACCUGUAGUUCCUCUUUUAUUAAACAUCAGAGGAUUCACACGGGAGAGAAACCAUUCUCCUGUUCUAAAUGUGGACGAUGCUUUUCAGAUAAAUCACAUCUUGUUACGCAUCUGCAGAGUCACACAGGGGAGAAACCGUUCUUUUGUUCUAAAUGUGGGAAAUGUUUCACAAUUAAAUCAAGCCUUGUAAGACACCAAUUGAGUCACACAGAGAAAUGAAUUGCUACAACUUAAUCUUAA